CGUCUCGUCUCUGUCUCCCGUGGGCCCGGUCGUGCAGACGUCCAAGCCAGCCGAGCACCACGGCGUUGUCCAGGUCUAUAAAGAAGUGGGCCAGCAGGACUUGUACUCGUUCAGGGUCUACCUUGCUACCAACAAUGAAUCUGACAUCGCUGACAUUAAAAAGGAGAUUAGAAGCGCAAGGAAGAAAUACAUGAAGAUCGAAAAGCCUCCGCAGUGCCAGAAGCUCCUGGAGGAGAACAAGAAGUACCGCCUGAUCAGUGAGCCCCAGGGGGACAUCACGCCCGAGGACAUCCAGUUCACAGUGGCUGUGGUGAAGAUAAAGGGUUACUUCGAGGCGUUCUUCGAGCAGCGUCCUCCGUUUAAGCUCUCACUGAUUGAAGCAGAGUCGGAGCAAAGUGUGUGGUCGGCUACCAUUCGAGAAGGAGACUGUGUGGAGAAUACUGUUGAAAGAAGCCGAAGUCGAUCAUGCAGUCGGAAGCGAAAAUCCAGCGUGACAGAAGCCGAGCCAAACAAUAAACGAUUUCGCUUGUGUGAUGAACCAGAUGGUGUAAGAACAAAAGAGGCAGACAUGAGCGAUCAGCAGCUGAUGCAGGUGGCCAAAUGCAUGGGAAUUGAAAGGAAUGUUGUGGCUAUCCUUUAUCUGGGCCUUACCAAACAGGACGUCGAGGAGAUUGAAAUGAAAACUAAGUCUGGCCAGGUCAUGGUAAAUUUUAACAUACUGGAUCGCUGGAGGAGUCGACAAUCUAAAGGAAAGGCUAAAGUCAUGCAGCUCUAUGAGGCUCUAAGCAAGGAAGAUGUACCUAGAGAGGUCAUCGGUUGCCUCGAAGACAUGCUACAAGAGUCCCCUACAUAAGUGCAGAACCUUUUCUUAGAUGGAUGUACUUCUGGACUUUGUAGAUCAUCUCAGCCUUGCAUUAUGGACCCCUCAGGUUUAAGACUGUGUAUCUCCCAGGGUUGUUCCAGAAUUAUUCUCUUUCUUUUUUUUUCUGACAAAAUCCAAAAAAAUCAUAGACCCAUUUAGACUAUUAGUUUUUUUAUCAAAGGGAAAAUGCAGGCCAGUUACAUUCAUGCUUUUACGAGGUACAGAUGAAGGCAAGUAAACGAUAAUAAUAAUGAUUAUUAUUAUAAUAAUAAUAAUGUGGUGCUGCAUGCUACACAAUGAGAGCAUUGCUCUAUAUCUACUUGAGUCUAGGUUCUAUAUCCCUGCAGACUUGACUGCGUAAAAAUAUGUCCAGUUUUAUUUUUGAUACAAGUUCAUUUUUCUAUCAUGUUUUCUCUUCACGGCUUUAUUCCAACCACUCAAAACAUUAUGUUGACUCAGAGGAACGCUUUAAAAGGUUUACUUGUUCGGCUUGUGAAUCAUUCGGACCAAUUUGUUUUUCACUGUGUAUUGCAUGUGUUUUUUUUUUCUUUUUUUUUAAAGGCAGCAAAAAAAGCUUAUAGGAGAAAAAUGAGUAACGCGUUCUGUGAAGGUUAUAUGGCAUUACAUAAAUGAUUAUUUUUUAGAGUUCGUACUUUUAAAAUACUGUAUGUAACGGUAUGUUUUAAUUAUUGGUUAUUAUAUAUAUUACCAGUAUAUUUGUUUAUAUAAUGAGAUAAGUUGCAACAAUUCCAAAUAGAUAGUUAUGAAGAAUCGUGCGUUUUCAUAAUUAAGCAUCAUACACUAUAUGGACAAAAGUUUGUGGACACCUGAUCAUAAGAUUUGUAUGUGCUCUUUGAACAACCCAUUUUUUGCCCAUUCAGCCGCAAGGGCAUUAGUAAAAUCAGGUGCUGAUGUAGCGUGUGGAGACCUUGGGUUCUAGUUCUUCCCAAUGCUGUUCAGUAGGGUUGAAAUUAGCGCUCUAUAUCAGGCUACUAAAGAUCUUAUAUACUUCAAACCAAAUCAUAUCUUCACGAAUCUGGCUUUACAAUACUGGAACAGGUUUGAGUCUCCUACAGCAUCCAGAGACGUCUUAUACAAUUGUGUGCUUUCAAUUUUGUGGUAACAGUUUGGAGAAGAAUCACAUAUGGAUAGAAAGUCAGGUCUCCCAAUACUUUUGCCAUAUACAGUAUGUAUGCUGCUUCAUGAAUGCAUUAUAUGUUUAUAUGAAUGAUUUUGUAGUUUCAUUUCAAUGGCCUUCACAGAAAAGUUUUACCUCAGUUUUUUCUUUUUUUUAAGUCAUUUCUGAGUACUGUAAAUAUAAAUUGUAUUUUUUCAGGUCUGUGUAUAAAUUUGCUAGUGUAUAUUUAGAAUAUUUGAAAUGUGUGAAAUAUGUAAAGUAGAAUCCAUAGACUGAUUACUGCUGUGCAGUCUGAUCUCAGAUCACGGAAAUCACAGAUUGCACCUGGUUUAUUUGCAUCAUGUAAGUGAAAGGUGGUAGAAGAUAUGUCUCUAUAUUAGGGCUUAUAAUUCAUUCAUUCAUUCAUUCAUCCAUUCAUUCUUGUGUAAGAACUUAAUCCUGGUCAGGGACAAUCCCAGGAAUAUGGACAAAACGGGACGCCGGUUAUUGCAAAUCAUCACGUUUACACAUACGGCACUUACGGCAUUUUCGCAUCGCCAGUCCAGCUUGUUUUGGGGUUGGGAGGAAACCGAAAAACACAAAAAUAAACGUAGGCACAGGGAGAAAAUAAAUGCUGAAACGGAGCUGUAAGGCUGCAACACUAAAGGCUUUUAAUUGUCGGAGUCACUAUACCAAGAAUUGUAGUCUCGGUGUACAGUCAUUCGAGGAAAUCCAUUCACAUCAACCUCACAUUACAUAAAACCAGAGAAAGGGAAACCAGAAGCAAAUUUAAAAGCCAUUGCUGUGUUCAAAGUGGUAUAAUUGUACUGUAAAGUAGUAUGUCCUAACAUACUCAUUAUAUAGUGCAUACUAUUCCUCAUAUUAGUAUGCAACAUUCCAGCAUUAUUUUAUAAACAACACAACGAUAUAGCACCCUACACAUCGAAUUCCCUAGUGACGAUUACCCUGUUCUGCUAAGAACACUGUGAGAGAACUUUGGGGUGGUACGGGUUUUUAUACUUGAUUAAAUCUAUGGGAUGCAAUUUUGAAUACCUUAAAAGCCCAAGCACUGAACUAAAGCCAUAGCAAAAUUAAGAAAAUACCAAAGUUUAGUUAAGUACUGAUAAUAAUAAUAAUCAUGGUGUGUGUUCUGGGUGUUUAAGUUCAAGCAGCCAGGCUGAUUCUGUUUACCAGUUUUCAGAAAACCUUCACAUGAAUAUUUACAUAUGGAGGAUCAGUCCAUUAACAUUAAAUACAUGGGACAAAACAAUUUGGGGACAUCAUUAUAUUGGAAAAAUAUAUCAUGAAUGACUAGCUGGUGUGAUUUACUUUUUUUCUCCUGAAUAGUUCUAUAAUUGCGUUUGUUUGUCUGUAAACCACGUUUAAAUUUUUAGAACUUUUUAGGUUCCUUUAGUUUGCAAAAUACAUUAUAUAGACAAGUGACACCUGACCAAAAGAUGUGAUUUUUGAACAUCCCAUUCCACAUUCAGGUCACAUUUGCUGUUAUAAUACAUACACUGUGGUAAAUUUUGGGAUAGAACCACAAUUGUCUGGAAAAAUACUUUUGUCUAUAUAAUGUAGUAGUCUACAUUAACCUUUUACCUGCUUUAUUUUAAAGCAGCAGAAUGAUAAGGUUCUGUCUGAUCAUACUGUGAAUUUAAGAUCUUGAGCCAUACAUUUCUAUAAGGUCAUUGUGAAUCUUCCGUGCAAACAACAUAUAUUUCAUUUGUUUGCUAAAAAGUCAGACAGAAUCUUAAAAUCAAGUUAAAUGCCAGUUAAAGUCAGUUAAAUGCAGUUGAAUAGUUUUUCAUUUGUUACAUUUUUUUAUUUUGUAUCUACCGUAAAACACAAAUGAAUGAAUAAACAUGAAAAAACCUAAGUA